AUGGCAAAUCCUCGAAUCGUAGAUGCAUUUACAAUUCAUCCAAUCAAUGUCGAGCCCUUGCGAAAUCGGCAAAGUCGCCGUUCGAUCAUUCGUGAAUUUGGUCUUAACACAACGGCUCAUGGUAUUCCAGGUAUUGCUCGUAGUCGAAGUACUCACAAUUGUAUGUUUUGGUCAAUUUCUACUCUAAUUUUUACCGGUAUUACGCUCUAUUUUGUGAUUGAAUCUAUUCGGGCAUAUUUUGAUUAUCUUACUCAAACGAACGUUGCUGUUGUUGUUGACUGGCCACAAUAUUUUCCAGCAUUUAGUAUUUGUAAUAGAUCACCAAUUCGAUUCGAUAAAUUCAUUGGACCAUUUUUAAACUAUACAAAUUCACAUAAUCUGACGAAUACUACUGAUAACAGCUCAAUAUCAUCUUAUCAAUCUUUAUUUCUCAUGGAAUUUGUUCAAUUCACAAUGAAUAAUAACCAACCUUUGAAAGAAUUCAUGUAUCCAUUAAGUUCAAUGUUGAUAGAAUGUAAAUAUAAUGGAUUCAAUUGUACAACGGACGAUUUUCUUACGUUUAUGUCUCCUAACUAUGGUCUCUGCUACACGUUUAAUGCAAAAGUCAAAAAUAGAACUCUACGAUAUGCAACUGAUAACGGAGGCACUGGAAAACUUGAACUUCGUCUCUAUACACAUACUCAUCAAUAUGUGCGUUUUGUCGCGGACAGCGUUGGUAUGGUUGGUAUGAUUCAUGAUAAUACUCAAAUGCCAUUGAUUGACAUAGCUGGUCUUUAUUUUGGAACAGGACGAAAACAUAAAUUAUCUUUUACAAAAAGGUCUUAUUCUAUUUUAUCAUCACCAUAUUCAAGUUGCACUGAUCAAGUUAGUUUUGCCAUGCAAGCAUUGUUCAAUAGUUCUGGUAAUGCUGACUAUGGUUAUUCACAACUCACAUGUGGUAUACUUUGUGGUCAAGCAUACGCGUAA